ACCUUGGAUAUUGAACCUGUGGAAAGUCGAUACAUGCUUUCAGGCGGCACUGAUGGCGUUAUUGUAUUGUAUGAUCUUGAAAACCUUAGCCGAAAACCAUGCUAUACCUGCAAAGCUGUUUGUUCUGUGGGAAGAACUGAUAUCUCAUUGAUGUUCCGGAAAUUUCUCCAUCGUUGUUGUGCAACUUUAACAACAGCUGUAAAAGUUACUCUGUGUUGGCAAACACCAUGGGAGACGCCAGGGCUGCGCCUCCUCCCGGCCAACUGCCAUGCGUCUCCACCCUCCGGUGCAGCCUGAGAUAACGACCUGGACUUCAAAAGCCUAGGCACGCUGUUGCAGCAGAAUCCACACAGCUUGAGUGGCCACAGAGAGAGAGAGAGAGAUGUGUUGGCAUAUUUAAAGGCUUUAUUAAGCAUAUCUCAGGAGAGAGAAAACAUGUCUCCUCUCCUUCGUGAUCAGCACAGAAGCAGAAGCAAAAGCUAUACACAACGGAAGUGCACAGACAUGUGACAUACAACAGCUACAUGUCUGUACCUUAAGGUGCAACUGAAUUCCCAACACUCUGACCCAGUAAAUAUUACCUGUUGUCUCCAUUUUUCCUGUCAGCCUUGGAAGAAGAGCGGUCUGUCGAACUGCAAAUGACUCAGUAAAGAACCUUGGCAGUUCACAGACUCCUUUCAUCCUUCCUUCCAACUAAGAUAUAUGAGCAAUUAUACUUCCAAUUAAAUUAAAUUCCAAGUCCUCUUAGCAUUAUUCAGUUCACUUCAUAAAUAAUAACGGAUGGGGAAGAGUCAGAUCUACGUUUCCAUCAUAAACCUUUUGCAAAAUAGAGCUUCCCUCCCUUUUUCCUUUUUUUACACACACAGUUUCCUUUGAUAUGAUAUUCCAUAUUUAUAAUUCAAUUUCUUCCAUCCUUGCUUGUACAAAUAUAAUUUGAACUAACAUUCAGAGGAGGGUUGCUGAAUCAUAAAUGUAGAGAAGAAAACUUUAAAUGAAGAAACCGUAGACUCCCCCCACCCCGCCCCCCGUCUUUCAGAGCUUUGCCACAAAGGCUUAAGCAAAUAGGGCAAACACCUGCCGGUUGUAACCUUUGUCCUUCUGUUAUUGCAUUGUAGAAGUCAUCCUAAUGUUCAUAAAUUCAGUGUAGAGACAGUUCAGUGGUACCCUCAUGAUACUGGCAUGUUUACAUCAAGUUCAUUUGAUAAAACCCUGAAAAUAUGGGACACAAACACCUUACAACCAGCAGAUGUGUUUCAUUUUGAGGGAACAGUGUACAGUCAUCAUAUGUCUCCAGUUGCUACCAAGCAUUGCUUAAUCGCAGUUGGUACCAAAAGCCCCAAGGUACAGCUUUGUGACUUGAAGUCUGGAUCAUGUUCUCACAUUCUGCAGGGUCACAAACAAGAAAUUCUAGCAGUAUCUUGGUCACCGCGUUAUGAAUAUAUUUUAGCAACUGCAAGUGCUGACAGUAGAGUGAAACUCUGGGAUGUAAGGAGAGCAUCUGCUUGUCUGAUUACUCUUGAUCAACAUAAUGGUGAAAAGUCAAAAGCAUCUUCUGAAGCAGAAAAUACUGCCCAUAAUGGAAGAGUUAAUGGCUUGUGCUUCACAAAUGAUGGACUUCACCUUUUAACAUUUGGUACAGAUGACCGCAUGAGACUCUGGAACAGUUCCAGUGGAGAGAACACAUUAGUGAAUUACGGGAAGGUGUGCAAUGAAAGUAGAAAAGGACUCAAAUUUACAGUCUCGCAUGGCUGUAGUCCGGAAUUUGCAUUUGUGCCAUACAGUAGCACUAUUGCUAUUUAUACAAUUUACUCAGGAAAUCGAAUGGCUAUGCUUGGGGGACAUUAUAGUUCCGUCGACUGCUGUGUCUUUCAGCCUAAUUUUCAGGAACUUUAUAGUGGUGGGAGAGACGGCAAUAUCCUUGCCUGGGUACCAUCUCUGAGAGAGCCAGAGCCUGAUGAUACUUCUCAAGAGUUGCGGCCUCAGAAGCGCCUGAAUCCUGCUUUUGAAGACGCAUGGAGUAGCAGCGAUGAUGAUGGAUGAAUUCUUAAUAGGUUGUUGACAUAAAACAUUCAGCCAUGCACAGUAUUUUCUGAAGAAAGGAUAUUAACCCACGGGUCCAGACAACAGCCUUUUGUUUCACCUGUGCAGUGUUUCUUGUUUUAAAAUAAUACCAGAUUUUUAUGUUCCGUUUGCCACUUCAUAAAAACAGAACAGGCCUGCUGGAUAACAUAAUUCCAUGAGUUCCUGUGGUCUGAGGCAGUAAUGCUUCUGAAUACCAGUUGAUAUAAACUGCAGGAGGGGAGAGGGCUCUUGUGCCCAAAUUGCAGGUUUCCCACAGGCAUCUGGUGGGCCACUGUGAGAACAGGAUGUUGGACCAGAGGGGCCAUUGGCCUGAUCCAGCAGACUCUUCUUGUGUUCUUAUCUGUGUUGCUGGACUCCAGUUCCUUUGGCUAUUCUGGCUGGGGCUGAUGGGAGUUUUAGUCCAUCAACAUCUGAAGGGUCACAGGUUCCCCACCUGAAACUAAAGUAUUUUUGAGGAUGUCCCGAGGCAAAACUCUUCAGUUCUUAAGGAAUACUGCUUCAGAAUUGUAGGUGAUCAGCUGGCAAGAGUUAACUAAUCAUUUUGCCCCCAAGGCCUUGUGAGGAGCAUCAGAGCUGCUAAAGGGUUAAGCAGUCUGCUGUGACGUCUGGCCGCUGGGGGAGGAGAAGGAGGGAGGAGUAAAUACGGGGAUCUGUCUUUGUUCUCUGUAUGCUGUUGUUAGUUUCGUUUUUCAACCAGGGCAGCCAUGGAAUGCUGCAGUCCCGGGAAGGUGAUUUAUGCUUGUAAAUAAAGACUUUAGCUUAGAAGAAGAAGCUGUCUUGUUCUGAUUUAUCAGUGUGCUUGCUCCUGCGUGUCUACACAGCUUCAUGGUGCAAAUGAGAGAGGCUGCAUUGCUUUGCCAACAUGAAUAGAGCUGCGCAGAUCAGGAAGCGGGCUGGACUUUUGUAAUGAUUCGGCAAAGCCUUAAUGGCGCUGUGGGUUAAACCACUGAGCCUAGGGCUUGCUGAUCAGAAGGUUGGCGGUUUGAAUCCCUGCAACUGGGUGAGCUCCCAUUGCUCGGUCCCAGCUCCUGCCCACCUAGCAGUUCGAAAGCACAUCAAAGUGCAGGUAAUAGGGACCACUCCGGCGGGAAGGUAAGCAGCGUUUCCGUGCGCUGCUCUGGUUCAGCAGAAGCAGCUUUGUCAUGCUGGCCACAUGACCCGGAAGCUGUCUGCAGACAAACGCUGGCUCCCUCGGCCUAUAGAGCGAGAUGAGCGCCACAACCCCAGAGUCGGACACGACUGGACCUGAUGGUCAGGGGCCCCUUUACCUUUAAACCAUCAUAGGCCUUACACUUUCUUGAAGGCCUGGCAUCUGACAAUUCUGACAUAGUUCAGAUUCUAAAACAAUCAAAGCUCAAAAAUACUACUCACUGUCAAAAAAUGAGCUUUUCUAAAGCACAGUUAACCUCCCAAUGUUACUCUAAAGUAGUAUCAUGGUGAACUAUCUCUCCCAGCAACUCAAGGUGACAGCUUCAGCGCCUUCUUCAUCUUCCCACUUCUAACCUUCAAAGAUGAACAUUGUGUACUGUUUAUUGGCACUGCUUAUUACCUCUAUUAGGCAGGCAGUAAGACAUACUGUGGAGACGCGGGUGACACUGUGGGUUAAACCACAGAGCCUAGGGCUUGCCGAUCAGAAGGUCGGCAGUUCGAAUCCCCACGACAGGGUGAGCUCCCAUUGCUCAGUUCCAGCUCCUGCCACCCUAGCAGUUCGAAAGCACGUCAAAGUGCAAGUAGAUAAAUAGGUA